AACAUGGCGUCUGUAGAAGGAAAUUUCAUUUUCUCUCUCCUACUUUUGUCUAUCUUGUCCGUGGCUGACUGCGAUCUUGUAAAAGGUUCAGUGCAACUAAAUUCUGGUGUCUUUGACAAGGUUAUAUCCAAACAUAAAGUAGUACUUGUUAAAUUUGAUGAGACUUUUCCUUAUGGAGAAAAACAAGAUGAGUUUAAGAAGGUCGCUGAGGCCAGCACAGGCCAGCCAGAUUUAUUAGUAGCUGAGGUUCAAAUAUCAGAUUAUGGAGAUAAAGAUAAUACUGAUUUAGCCGAAAGAUUUGGAAUUAAGAAAGAUAAACAUCCAGUAUAUAAAUUAUUCCUACAAAAUAAAGAUGAACCUAUAGAUUAUACUGGUGAUAACCUCAACUCUGAUGAUAUCAAAAAAUUUGUUAUGAAGGAAUCAGGCUUAUGGUUGGGACUGCCAUCAUGUUUAGAAAAAUUUGAUAAAUUUGUGACAGAUUUUUAUAAAGCUGCUGGAAACAAACGAAAAGAAAUAUUCACAGCUGUACAAGAAGCUGCCGAAACAAUAACAGAUAAAAUUGAGAAAAAUUCAGCAGAUAUUUACAUCAAAACUAUGAAAAGAGUUUUAGAAAAAGGAGAAGAAUUUAUAGAGUCUGAAAUCAUACGAGUGGAAAAAUUACGAGAUGGAAAAGUGAGUGAUAAAAAGAAGGAACAGCUGGGUGAGAGGUUGAAUAUUUUAACAUCAUUUCAAAUGAGAAUGAAGGAUGAAUUAUAAACUGAUUAUGAAUGUUUGUAAUGGGUGUUUGAUUUUUUAUAAUUUUUUUAAUGAUCAUUCCAAUAAUUGUUUAAGUGUUGAAUGAUUAUUCCUUCAAUUACUUUUAUAUCAAGGUUAUAAGGUAUUUUUAUGUUAGUUAUUAACUUAAUGUGUUAAAUCUAGUCAAAACAUUCAGAUAAUCAGUAAAACAUUCUGUUUUCUUGCUCAUUUGCAAAUCUAGUAUUUUCAUUCCUGAAACUUCAAUUGUAAAUUCUGCUUUCCUUUUUGGUAAAUCAACAUUCGAUUCGGAUUUGUUUAUAAAAUCAAAGCUCAACCAUUCUUACAUGUUUGAAAUUGAAGAUAUUUGAAUUGAAAUAUUAUAUAAAUUCGGGAUUCUGCCAUUUGUUUUGUUGAAUUAAUGUUCAUUUUAGAAUUGUUUAUGAAAUGAAAUUCUUAAUAUGUUUGUGAAAUUGAGGGUAAAUAUGAUUUGAAAUUCAUUUUGGAUUUAAAUUUCUUUCCAAAAGCUAUCUUAAAGAUAGUAAGUAUGUAUGUACUGAAAUCUAUGUUAAAUGAUUCAAGAAUGAUAUAUGUUAGAAAUUAAAAGUUAAAUGACUGUGUUUAUAUUAAAUGAGUGUUUUUAUGACAGUUAUUAUGUCAAUGUUUGUUUUUGUGGUGUGAUGUAGAGGACUUCUGUUUCGUUAAUAAAUUUCAUUGAUAAAUUU